AUGGCGGCUUCAGGCAACAGCAGCGAAUUUCCUUUCAACGACGACCGGGAAUUUGAACUGAAACUCGGGAGUAGCUUUCAUUCAAAAGGAGGACCGAAGAUGGCUUUUCACACCAUACGAUGUAAGGUUGAGUUUCUUGCAAUAUUUGUUGUUCACACGUUGUGUCGUUAGAACUGAAGAGAGGGCAGCUGUUUAUUUUGAAAAACUUUAAAAGCUAAAUAGGGAAAAACAAACGGUAAAUACCAAAAUGAGAGCAAAAGAUAACGAGGAAAUGAAAGAAACAAUGUCUGGAAUAUUUUUUCGUUAUUGAAUUUAAUUUUUUGGAAAGUUGUUCACUCUAUUGUGCCGAACGAGCGUCUCCGUGGGAGAAAAUAGACGUUGAUCAAUCCUGGGAUCAUUGUUGGGAACGAAAUAGCCUGCAUAGCUGGCUUUUUUUCUUUUUUUUUUUUUUUUUUGAGGUUCUUUUGUGGUUCACAAAUUAAGAGUUAGAGUGGUGCAAAUGCUGAACCAAGGCCCCUAUAAUUAUUUGCCUUAUAGGUAUGUGCUGCCCCAAACGGUAUGGUUUUUGCUCCAUUUUGGUCUGAAAACGGGUGUAGACUUUGCCUAUUUUGGUCUGAAUUUGGGUAUAGUUUUCGAGGGAAAACGGGAGGGCAUAAACGUAUUAAUUUUAUUGUUUCAAUUCCAAAUGAAUAAGAAAGAAUGAGUAUUGACGUGCAAAUUCGAAAUGAAUUUUAAGAAAUAUUUUUGUUGGUGUUGAAAUCUAAGUACAUGUAUAUGUAAGGAUAGCAUAAUUUCUGCCUACACCAGGUCUGAAAACGGAUAUGGAUUUUGGAGGCCAGGGUUGAGAACUGGUGUGGAAAAUGAUAAUUUUGUGGUCUGAAAUGGGGUCAGGAUUUGGAGAACUGGGUGGCACACCCACACCAUGAAUUCCCAGGAAUACCCCCCUGUAGCCUGUGAGCAGUCUCGCUUGUGCAAAUUUGGGGAAAAUUAUUUUGGCAGCGGAGCCAACAUCCAGUGUGCGAAUUUUGGGAAAAAAAUUAUUUUGGCGGCGGAGCCAACAUCCAGCGGGGAACAGUGAGCCUGUAUGUGGGCUAUUGAUUUUUUAAUUACGCCCCUUUCAAGGUGUCAACAUACUAUCCAAUAGGAGCAAAACAAAAGUAAAAAAACUGACAGAAGUUGCACAUGCAGAUGUCAUGCUAAUCUGCUUCAGAGGUCAAAUAUGGUGAGAAACAAACACCAAAGAGAUCAAUUUUCGAGAAGCAGACCACUUGACAGACCACUUUUAUUUCGACAAGCAGCAAAAAUAUUUUUUUUCUCUGUAAAUAUUAAUCAACCUCCCAAAGCAUUAUCUAUCCGCUAGAAACAGGGCAGCUUCUAAAUGUGACCUUGCGUGAAACAGACCAACUUCAUGACCUCUCAGUGUGAGACAAGUGACAAAAAUAGGCUACUGAAUUUGCUCAGUCCAAAUUAAGAAUCCUCCAGAGCAUAAUAAUCUACCCGUUUGAAAGAAAAUUGUGAAUAAAACUAAGUGGCAUUUGAGGCAAAAGUAGUGCAGGCCUACCGACUCUUUUUAUCAUUAACUUUGAUCCAAUGAUGUGUGAAUGUUUGUGCCGCGUGUCCAUGGUUUUUGUCACAGCUAUGUUACCCGUCGACGCCUGUCACUUUUAACCAAUUAGAUCGCUGCAUUCAUCAGCAAACGCGGGGUGUUAAAAAUCAAUAGCUUACGUGCAGGCUCACUUUUCCUUGGCCCAUUUUCCUCAUGUGAUGGAACAUUUCUCUGAACUUGCAUAAGUGAGCCGGCUCCCUGAGGUCUAUGUAGCUUGACCUCUAAACAAGGUGACCCCACAAAUUAUUGUCACUCUAAAAAACACGCUGAAAAGAUAUUUUAAACAUUAUAUUUUCAGGACAGGCUGAUGAUUCAUUUUUGUAUGCCAGUAAAAGAGUAAAUUUUUUAAUUUAUUAGUGAAUGAUACAUGUACUAUAUUUGCUGUUAUCAUAGAUGAUUUCAAGCCUGCUUCAGUUGACACCUCAAGACCAGCUGAACUUGUUGUUGGUGAAAAGGAUGAGAUCACAGUAACAGUUCCCCAUGUCCAGGUAAAAAUUUUGUUUUUUAUUUUACCCAUUUGUGAUGGGAAUGUUUCUAAAAGUUGCCUUUAGAGGCUGAUCGAGCUGUUUUCUGGUUUUUUCCAUUUUCCUCUUGUCUGAAUUGUGCUCGUUCUGGUAUGAUUAGAAAGAUCUCCUCACGGUAGCUGCACAAGUUAGAUGACAAAGUCAUCCUUAAAAAAAACUAAUGACUAAAACUGAUGACUUCACCAUGGUAGGAAGGAUGUGGAUCUUGCACGGUUGGUUAAAGCCAGUUCAGGGGCAAAUGGGUUAAUCAAAAGCUAAAAUAAAGUUGUCUCAACUGCCAAUUUUUUCACCCAAUGUGGCAUUUUAUUUUAAUUUCAAUUUAGUAAUGCAGCAAGAAUAAACUUUUAUAGUGCUCAAGCACAUAUUUCAGUGGGUAAAAGUAGAUUAAGUCCUGUACCAGUUUGGGGGACCAGAUUUUCAAUUUCUUGUAGGAUUCUGGAACAACAGUUUAUCGAGGAUCCAAAAGAAGCUGCACUAAGGAAUUUAUCUUGGUUGUUGACAAAGAGAAAAAGGUACAAGUUAGUCUAAUAAUAAUAAUUAUUAUUAUUUUCUAUAAUUUUGUGGUAUGAAAGAUGUAGUGUAGGGUAAAACGUAAUUAGAAUCACGGAUUUACCUUUUAUUUAUGACUUGAUUUUGGGGUGUUUUUUUUAUCAGUUUGUAAAACACAGGUCUCCCUGGGAAAGUAUCCAGAAACAUUGUCACAAUGUAGGGUGCAAAGAAAGACAGUUUUACAGCUUGCCAUUCGGGAAAGCUGUAGCUAGCAGUACUAGCCUAAAUGUCAUUUCAACUAGUACGAAAAACAGUUUUUGAUGAGCAGGUUUGAUUACAGUUCUUUGGUGAUUUUAAUUCCCCAUAAACAUCGCUUGCCCGUAGGGCAUAAGAACAGAACUCACUAGCCUGAUAGCAAAAUCUGCUAGCCCCCAGGCUAUUGGACACUACUUUCUUUGCAUGCUGCAACAUAAACCCUGCUUCAACAUCCAAGGUGCUAAGAGGCCUGCUUGAUGUUUGAGGCUUCAUGACUUUACUGUAUAGAUUGUUUUCACAAAACGUCACGCCGGCCAUAUUGGUGUACAAUACAAUGAUCCUGCGGGAAUUGAACUCUUUUCUCAUGUAAAAACAUUCUUUUGUUCCAAGAAAUUUACAUAGCUGCUGACCACUUGUCACUAACAAUGAUCUACAAAAUUGUGACAAAAUUAUGACUGUACAACAGUAAAUGUCAAAGUAACAAUGGAACUGAUGUAAUUCAUUUCUUUCAGACAUUCACACUGGAAAGAAUUGAGUCAGCUGUUCCACAACUCAAGAAAGUAAGGUAUGGUCCUUUUCAGCUUUUUGUGGUACAUCUCCCCUUCCUGGUGUGAAUAUUUGUAUUAUUCUGUCAAGCAAAAUGAGGGUUAGUGUUCCCUUUUCCCCCUCCCAGUACAGCCCUUGUGCUCUUGUGCACCCGAGUUGCCCCUUCCUCUUCCCCUUUUAAUGCAGGCUAUAAUAAUAAUUAUUAUUAAAGGCAACAGCAGUUUAUUUAUCUAACCUCCGCCCUUAAUCAAGUAAUUUGAACUUUCACUUUGGCCGUGGCAGGAUUGCUGUAAAUGACCUACUAAACACCUGUUAUCUAGUAAAGGCCCCCUCUAUGCUGUAUAAAAUAAUUUUAUUAGACACCUGUCAAAAAGACGUCCCCUAUGUGAAUGACUACAAAAUACUAGGAGAUAACAAAAAGGAACAAAAUGAACGAAUCAAAAAAGAGCAAUUCAUUCAAUUUCUUGCUUGAUGAACUAGGGUUUGCAAAUUUCGUCUUGCCCAAUGUCAAGUUCAAAGUAGAGAUAGACCAACGAUGGUGACACAAUAACCCUAAGCAAGGAUUCUGACAUCAAUGUUGUGAUUUGAAAGAGCCAUAUGGAUCUCUAGACUGGCGGCCUAAACGUGUUAAUUGGUAGAGUGGAUAUUCUGCUAUUUUUAAACUCUCUUGAGUUGAUAUUUUUGCCAAAAGCAUAUUACAGUGAAACCUCUUAGUUUAAGUGGACCCCCAAAUUAAGUGGACACCCUCUAUUAAGUGGACACUAAGCCAGGUCCUGAAAUUAAUGUCUUAUAUUUCCCUUUACAAUGAACCCCUAUUCGGCGGACACCUCUAUUAAGCAGACGCGGACACUAAAAUAAAUUGUAUUUUGCUAAUAUCUAUUGUUAAAACCUCUGUUAAAUGGACACCAGACUGAAUUGACCAAAGUAGUAUUGGAUUAUGUCCUCGAAAUAUGUACUGUAGUCAAUUAAUAAAGGUGAAUCAAUACAUUUAGCUGUCAUCCACGAUCCAUGAUUGUCAUCCACGAUCAAAAAUCACCUCAAAGUCUUGCACAAAGUACAGCGCAUCUUUCUUAGCUUCCUUAACAACAUGGAACUUUAUCACAGUACAGAGUAACCGUUGAAUGUUAAUUAUUAAUAGUUAACAAACGUUGCACAAUUUUUACAAACCUCUGUUAAGCAGACACCUGGGAAGUUCCCGAAGGUGUCCGCUUAAUCACUUUAGUUUUGACCACAAAACUGAGUAGGUUGUGGGUUCAAUUCCUGGGGCCUCACUUAUACUCAAGGUCUUAAAGAUAUAAAUACUUAUGUAACAAAUGAAUGUACUUCCCUAGCCUGGCAAAGGGCUAGACCUUCACGUGGCUUGGAUGACCACGUAAAAUGGCAUCCUUUCUUUAGAAGGAGACUUCAAAAUACAUACAUGUAGUGUCCUCAAUUAUUACUUUCGUGCUGAAUUUAUUGACACUCCAAUAAGGUGCAUUCUUUUGGGAGGGGGUAGCAAAAAAGGUUUAAUUUACACUGUAACCAUUUCGGAUUAUUUAUUAUUCAUAAAGCUUAUAAGCUACCAGAAUUGACGAAUUAUCAUCAAAGGAAAAAGGCCUUGAUCUUUAAUCAUAUUCUUUCAAUUCUAAAAUUCUUGAAGGUUAUGUGACUGAAUUAGUCUCGAGAAUUUGUAUGUGGAUAUUGGGGUUGGGAAACUGCUCACCUACCCCUCCCCUAAGCCAACACUUACUUCUCACUUAGGGCAAAAUGCUGGCUUAGGGGAGAGGUAGGUGGACAGAAAUGUAAAAAAUAUAAUAAUAAAUAGAGCUUACCUUUGUUCUUGAUGAUGUAUGAUGUUGUUGGGAGAAAAGUGAUGUCAGUCACUUUUGGAAAUGUUUUAAGUUAAAGUUUAUUUUGCUAUUGGUAGAUCGUCAACUAAGUCAGCCAAGCCAGCAAAGUUACCUGUGACGCCUUCAACUGCAACACUAACGAAAUCCCAAAAAACUAAAACAAACAAAACACCAGAAAAGAAGGAAAAGAAGGUGUCAAAACAGGCUUCUCCUGUCAAGAGUACAAUCUCAUCAACAUCUGCUCCAAGCUCUCAG